AUGAUUGAUUUAUCUUCUUGGGACGAAUCCCAUCCGCAAAAUCCUGAAGAGUUUGGAGAAUAUUUUGAGGGCGACAUCAAUGAACCCAAUAUUGGAAGAAAUGGGAUAGUUGGAGAAGAGUUUCGAUGGGAAAAAGGACAAAUUCCAUACGAGAUAAGUGGAUUAUUUUCUACAAACGAUAGAAAAAUUAUUGCUAAAGCUAUGGAACUUUACCAGAAGUAUACUUGUAUCAGCUUUAGACCUAGGAAUGAAUCUGAUAAUGACUAUAUCUUGAUAACAAAUCAACAAACAGGAUGUUGGUCUAGUGUUGGUAAAAAAGGAGGCGUUCAAGAAGUGAAUCUUCAAAGUCCUCAAUGUACUACGAAAAUUGGAACGCCCAUUCACGAACUAAUGCAUGCCAUUGGAUUUUUGCAUGAACAAAAUAGGCAUGAACGAGAUGACUUCGUUACGAUUCAUUGGAAUAAUAUUAAGAAAGGCAAAGAAAGUAAUUUCAACAAAGCAAAAGAGGGUUACGCGGUAGAUUAUGGUAUACCUUACGAUUUCAUUUCUGUUAUGCAUUAUUCAAGCACAGCAUUUUCUUAUAAUGGCCAACGAACAAUUUCCCCAAAGGAAAUGUAUAAUAUCGAGAAGAUGGGACAACGAAAUGGAUUCAGUAAAGGAGAUAUAACUAAAAUUAAUGCCAUGUAUAACUGUCCUGAAAAGACCCAACAAUUAAAUAUCACAGGUGAAACAACCAAUGAAACUAUUGAGGGUAAUACCAACUCAGUGUUAGAGGAAAGGAAUCCAUUUUGGCAGGCUGCUAAUAGCUUAUUCUCUAUAUUUGUGAAAUAG